GAAAGAGGUUGCAAAAUAAGGUUAAUAACCUUGAAUUAAUUGGCAAGCUUACCUGUACCUACCUUUUAUUCACAUUCACAUUCACAUUCACAUUAUUGUGGUAAUAUCUAUUUUAUAUAUAUGCGUUUUCCUCUCCCGCACUUUCCCUUGCUUCAAAAUUCCAUCAACUACCUUUAUCUACUUCAUCUACUUUCCGACCACUUUAUCUGUUCUUAAUACCUCCCAAUAAUUCACUUAUUUCCCAACAUGCUACUCCAAGUCGAUUGAUUAAUCGACCAUUCACGAUAGUCUUCAGCCACUCAUUAUCUGAUAACCCACCUCGAUUAACGCCAGUGCGUUUAGCCAGUGCGUGGAUCUGAUAUGGUGGGUAGGAUUACAAGACUUAAUUACCUGGCAAGGAAUCGAGUACAUGCCACCUCUUCUCCCUUCGAUUUUACAUCCAGCAAACUUCUACCACCUCUAUUUUUUUCUUAUUUUUGUUUUUCCGUAUUAGGCAAGCAGGGAAAAGAUGGAGACAUAUCGCGGAUACGUACGAACGCCCGCAGACGCAAUCAAACUCUUUGAAGCUUGCAGGCUGGGCUUACUGCCUCGAGUACAGAGACGAUUGUCGGAGAAAGAACGACAAUCCAUCACAUCUGGCUCAGUUUUUGUAUGGGAUGAGAGGGAAGCCGGUAUGCGCAGGUGGACCGAUGGGAAAUCUUGGAGUGCGAGUAGGGUGUCUGGCAGUUUUCUCACAUACAGAGAGAUGGAGGGUAAAAGAGGCACUACAUUUGGUACAACACGACGAAGUAACGGAAGGACACCUGAUAGCGGCCGAGUCAGUGAAGACGACCAGGAUGGCGAGCCGGAUGGUUAUAGAUACAAGGCGGAUGGUCUGAUGAAGCAGUCCUUCAGCAUAACGACGUCGGCGGGCCAGCACCUCCACUUGAUCUCAUAUUAUUCCCGACCACACGCAGGAGCCGGCGAUUUGCUUCAGCCAACUACGGACCCCCAACUUCGACAUAUUAUCCCUGUAAAGGGCAUGUAUCCUGAAUCAAGCAUUCACGAGACAAACCCACCUGCUUUAACAAGGACACCUAUGCAGCCGUACACUACUCACAAUAGCAGUCUUGAGCAGCCACCCUAUAACUAUCCCGGUGCUUGGAACACACAUCCGUGGCAAAGCCAAUGGCCACCCUCACCCAAUCAGACUCCUCCCUUUAUGUCAGGAAAGCUGACACCAGAGAUGCGGGCCCAGAUUCGGCCUCAACCGCAGCCUCCUCCUUCAAGGCCACAUCAACUACCACAUCAACUACCCCCGCCACCGCCAAUGUCAGCACCUUCCGUCCAGCCUCCGAUUUAUUCCAAAGGUCUUACCUACGAGAGUGAUCGACUACCUCGGCCUACUCUAGCCAGACACUACCCAGUACUCGGACGUCCCCCGAGCCUCUCUCCGCAAUCCCGACACCUUCAAAUUCAAGCUGCCCAGGCCGCGCAAGCCGCCCAGGCCGCGCAAGCCGCGAAAGCUGCGCAAGCCGUGCAGGCCGUUAUAGAUCCCCGCCUAGCAGCAACAAGCGCACGCAAUCCACAGGGUCCACUCCCCGCGAUACCUACAGCAUCUCGAGGGUUGACACCCCCAAGAAAUCGUUCUGUUUCACCGCCAAGGCAAAUGACUUCGGAGGGCGUUAACGGCAAUGCAAAUAAAGCUAGCUUAUCAGCGCUUCUCAACCGGACACCAGCUAACUCGGAACCAAAUAGCGCAAACCCAGGUAGCAAUAAUAGCGCGAACAGUUCACCCCGAGCUCUCCCAGCGGGUGCAUCUGGGGUACCAGCACCCGCGGAUAUGUUUAAGGAGGAUAAUAGGGCAAUACAAUCACUUAAUCGCAAAUUUUACCUUUGAGGACUCUUAGGGGGACCCUAUGAUGGGAAUCUGGCUGGCAUCGGUCAGGCGUUCAAAGGUUGCAUUCAAUGAGAGGGGCAGGGAGGGCCUAGUGUUUUCUUUGGUGGCAUGAGUGUUUUUCUACUACAUAUCUGCUAACUAGGCAUCCUUAGCAGGUCGGAGUUAGGGUUCAGCUUCACGACGGUCAUGACAGAGCUCAAGUACUGUCUCGAUAUUAAUUCAGCACUUUGUACAAGCAAGGCCCUUUAAAACGGCUCAACUAUUAUACCAGGGUAGUUUAGUUUUGCAUUGUUUACCGCUGGUUUCUCAUCCACUUCGUAGACUUCGUACGUAAGUGCCGUUUGAAAUCUGGUCCUCGCCGAGGCCAGGGGGGAGAAUUGCAGGGAUUGGAGAUCGGCAUGGUAGACACGAUAUCCCCCUGUAACGCAUCCUGUUUAUUCUUGCCUGGUUCUACCUAUGUACAUACAUACUAUGUACAUAUAUGCUUACCUUGUAUACUACAUGUAUGGUUGCAGGCCAAAGUAAAACGACACUGUCAGGUACCGCUAAAAUAGGUUAGAUAGCCCGCCUAUA